ACCCCUAAUUCAAAGUCACAAACACAAAAACACUCACACACACCCCAAAACACACUCAAUUUUCACACAGUAAGAAAAAUGGCACCCAAGGGAGAGAAAAAGCCAGCAGAGAAGAAGCCAGCGGAGAAGGCUCCAGUAGCUGAAAAGGCCCCGGCAGAGAAGAAGCCGAAAGCCGGGAAGAAGCUCCCGAAAGACGCCUCUGCAAGCGGAGCAGACAAGAAGAAGAAGAGAAACAAGAAGAGUGUUGAGACCUACAAGAUUUACAUCUUCAAGGUGUUGAAGCAAGUCCACCCUGAUAUUGGGAUCUCGAGCAAGGCAAUGGGGAUCAUGAACAGUUUCAUUAAUGAUAUUUUUGAGAAAUUGGCUGCUGAGUCUUCUAAAUUGGCCAGGUAUAACAAGAAGCCUACGAUUACAUCGAGGGAAAUUCAGACUGCUGUGAGGUUGGUGUUGCCCGGGGAGUUGGCUAAGCAUGCUGUUUCGGAGGGGACUAAGGCGGUGACAAAGUUCACUAGUACUUGAUUGAAUUAGGGCUUUGUAAUUUGGUGGUUUUCGGAUGGUGGGUAGGUUUUGGUUUAGGUUGAUGUAGAGGGGAAUUUUACUUUUGGUUAUUAGUUAUCUGAUGGCUAUUGGAGUAUGGUUUAUUAUAUAUGGUAAUUGGUAAUGAAUGAAAUUGAUUACAUUUUGUUAA